ACACAUAGAGACACGGAGACAGAGAGAGACACAUAGAGACACAGAGAGACACAUAGAGACACAUAGAGACACGGAGACAGAGAGACAGAGAGAGAGACAGAAGUUAUUCACAGUCAACACAUUUCGCGUCGAUUGUCUCACGUGCGAGAUGGCCUCGUCCUUUGAUCUCCCGUUCGCCAAACGAAAGGAGGAGGAGGAUGCUGAGGAUCAGCAGCAGCAUCAUCAGCAUCAUCAUCAGCAGUAUCAUCAUCAGCAGCAUCAUCAGCACCAGCAUCAUCAUCGUACCGGGUUCGGGGCGCGCUCUGACUUGGCCGUGAAACGCGAAGAUGCUGACACCGCUGGAGUGGUCGUGAAGCAAGAGGAAGACGAAUGGAUGAGUCUGCACGCCGAGACGCUGAGGAUUGUCGUGAAAACGGAAGUCCAGGAGGAUGCUUCGGAUCUGAAAACCGUUAAAGUGGAAGGAGGCAGCGAGAGGCCAGAGGAGACGACAGAGACCCGUGGGUGUUUGGUCACCGGAGACGAGAACUACAUCAAGGUGGAGCUGUCGGCAGAGGACAUUGGUGAAGCUCCGGUUCUGAAGGCCGUUAAGGUGGAAGGAGGAACCAGCGAGCGGCCGAAGGUGACGGCGGAGUCCCGCCGGUGUUCUGUCACCGAGGACAAGAACUUCAUCGAGGUAGAGUUGUCGGAGGAGGACGUCGGUGAAGCAAAUCAUGACGCAAAGGAAACGGAACUCCCGUGCGAGGAGUGCGGGAGGGGCGGACGCUUCGAUGCACAGACGGACAGAGCGACGGAACGCAGCAGCGGCGGCAGCACCAAGACCCCUCGAGCCUGCAAGCGGUGCGGGAAGUCACUCGGAACCGGUGCGCCGUCACGCACGAGAGUCGCCGGCGACAGGAAGAAGCCGCACGCGUGCAAGGAGUGCGGGAAAGGCUUCACGCGUCUCUCCAACCUGGAGAGGCACGCGACGACGCACUCCCUUGACAGACCGCACGCGUGCAAGGAGUGCGGGAAGGCUUUCGCGCAGCGUUGCACGCUGGAGGUGCACGCGAGGUCGCACACCGGCGAGAAGCCGCACGUCUGCGUCGAGUGCGGCAAGGGCUUCGCGGCGCGCCACAUUUUGGAGGCGCACGCGAGGUCGCACACCGGCGAGAGGCCGCACGCGUGCGCCGAGUGCGGCAAGGGCUUCGCGCAGAGCUCCACGUUGAAGGUGCACCUCAGGACGCACACGGGCGAGAAGCCGCACGCGUGCCAGGAGUGCGGCAAGGGCUUCGGGCAGAGCUCCGAUUUGAAGGCGCACGUCAGGACGCACACGGGCGAGAAGCCGCACGUGUGCAAGGAGUGCGGCAAGGGCUUCGGACUGGGCUCCACGUUGAAGGCGCACGCGAGGACGCACACGGGCGAGAGGCCGCACGUGUGCAAGGAGUGCGGCAAGGGCUUCGCGCAGCGGUCCACUCUUGAGGCGCACGGCAGGACGCACAGCGGCGAGAAGCCGCACGUGUGCCAGGAGUGCGGCAAGGGCUUUUCCCAGCGCUACACCUUGAAGAUACACUCCAGGACGCACACCGGCGAGUGGCCCCACGUGUGCCAGGAGUGCGGCAAGGGAUUCGCGCGACGCUCUGACCUGGAGAAACACAGGAGCACGCCGGUGAGAAGCCGCAUGUGCGCCGGGAGUGUGGGGAUCGUUUUUUCUCAACGUCAUACUGUGACGGCAAAAUUCCAGGACACACUCAGCACUCGACUUAACCCUUCCCCCCCCCCAUUCCGAGACGUCUGCUCGUAGGCAGGGUUGGCGUUGAUUUUACUUAGAGAGAGGCGUAGUAGCGGUGGCGCCGUUGUUUUUUUUUUAGAGACGUCCUUACUCACCGCAGAGAACCGUAGCGACACGACCGCCGCCGCCACUCUACGAUGGCCGGCGCCAAAACUGUGCCACGCUCCUUCCCCGCACGGCCUUGUGAGAGCCUCGGUGUACCAAUAAAGUUACUUCAGUAUA